CGCCAGAUGCAUCUAAUAACCGCAGAUCUUAUUUUAGUGGCUGCGCACUUGUAGGCCUAAUUUGCGCACAUGUAUUUGCGAGUAAAAACGAAAAAAAACAUACUUCUGUACGGCGAUGCGGGCUCUACAACCAAACAUAGCUGGAGCAGAUAGGUUUCGUGCGUACGGGUAAUGAACAGGAUCUUCCGAUUUAUUUUCAUUGAUUGAGGACAUUAACUUUACGUGCUGACUUUGUUUGCAUGGAAGUCCUAUAUUUAAAGCUUAGUAUAAAGGACAGGGUCGAACAAGCCUUAACCUGUAAAUCGAAUAUAGAUUCGCAUUUUAAAGGUACGCAUUUUAGUUUUAACUUACAUUUUCUUUUCACGAAACUUAUUGCAACCGUAACUGAUUUGAUUUCCAUUCAGAUAUGAUAGGUAGACUUAAAUGAUCACGAACAACAGGCCUAACAAAUUGUAGCCUAGCCUACAAUAAACACUAAACAUUCAGGAAGACCUAUCUAUCUUAAAAUAAUUAGGAACAACGAAUAAAUAGUAAUUUAACACAUUGUUAAUAAGGUUCAUUUCGUCAUUUAUUUAUUUUAAUUUAUAUUUUUAUGUGUAGAAAGUGAAAAGUGCACCGGGCUGCUAAUGCCGUCACGUAAAGUCUACUAUUUUAAAAUAGGUCUAUACUACAUUAAUUUGCAAAUCUAGCCUACAUAUUUAACUUAAUGUAAAGUGGUUUAAGUGCAAAAAUGGCAGAAUUUGUAUAGGAACCUUUCAUUAUGUCCUUUGAAUUGUGAACGCUAUAUAAGACUGAAAUAGUUUGGAUAAUUAGGUAUUUAAAAUACUGUGAGAAAUUAAAUGUAUUUCACACUCUAAUUAUUUCAGUUUUUAUAAAUGUAUAUAUUUAUAUUAUUUCAGCAGGACAAAAUAUCAAAGAAAAAGCUGCCAUGGGUAUCUUAAAUGCCAGUUUUUCCCAAAAUAUCUCUGUUGUGCAUCCUGAAUACUUCUUAAUCAGUGGACUAUCAGGUAUACCAUUCAGCAACUAUUACUAUAUAUUCCUGUUUUUCAUUUAUAUUAAUGCUGUAAUUGGGAACUCUUUAGUUCUUCUCAUUAUAGCUCUUGACCGGAGCCUGCACAGUCCAAAGUACAUUGGCGUUUUUAAUUUGGCCUUGGCUGAUAUUGGUGAAACUAAUGCACUGAUUCCUAACAUGAUGAAGACUUUUCUGUUUGACUCUCAGUACAUCUCUUACAAUGCUUGUUUGGCCAACAUGUUUUUUGUUUACUUCUUUAAUACAAUACAGUGUGUCAGCCUUGUUGUCUUGGCAUUUGAUCGCUUUAUUGCUAUUUGCUUGCCACUAAGAUAUCACGCCAUUGUAAAUAAUGCUGUCAUGUGUUCAGUUUUCUCAGUAUUCUGGAUGAUUAGUGCUUUUCUGGUGGCCUUCACGGUGUCUUUGAUCACCCGACUUUCAUUCUGCAAGUCCAAUGAGAUACAGAGUUAUUUUUGUGACCAUGGUCCCUUGUAUAGGAUGGCAUGUAAUGACAAUAGCAUAAGUUCAUUUAUGGCAAAACUCAACACAGCUGUCUACUUUGCUGCUCCACUGACAAUAUUCCUGUCUUACCUUUGCAUUUGUUUUGCCUUAAGUAAAAUUACAACAUGGGAGGGGCGUAUUAAGGCCCUGAAGACAUGUGUUUCUCACCUGUUGUUAGUUGGAGUGUGUUUCAUUCCCAUAAUCUGCACAUACAUUGCUGCAGUCAUGCUUUCUUUGACUCCCAAUGUGAGAAUCAUCAGCACGUCUCUGGCAUAUGCUGUUCCACCAAUGCUAAAUCCCAUCAUUUAUGUUUUAAACACAGCUGAAGUUAAGAACUUUAUCCAGACAGUAAUUAAAAAGAAGUCGGCAUCUAUUGCCCACAGCGUUUCAGAUUGAUUGCAAAAUGUUUGUGCAUCUUCUCAAAGAAGUUUUUCAUUGUGUUGUUUAUUUCAUGUAUUCAUAUGUAUUCAUCUUGAAGCUAGAUACAGCAAAACUUGAUUAAAUUAAAGAGAAAAAAUGAUAUCUGCAAGUAGGCCAUGUCUUGUUUUUAUCAUGCUGAUUUGCCAAGUAUGAUUAUCAUUUUUUGCUUUCACAUGUAUGUGUGCUCUGUCACACUAAAACAAAUGAAUAACCUACUACUGCAUAAAGCUUCUACACUUAGUUUUUCAUAUGGAAUAAUCAAGUUUCUUGUUUUAAAAGUUAUUGUCAAUCAUCCAUUUUUCUUCAAAAUUGAUAAGUACUGGAAAUUUAUUAUCUUUUUAAAUAUGUUUUUGUUGUACUAAUAAGCAUCUCUUAUAGCAUCUUUUGACUUUUUUGCAGUUCAACAUUAAAUAUAACACCAUUUUAGUUUUAAAUGUCUAUUAUUUUUGUCAUAAAUUAUAGCCUAAACCUGGCAUCAUUAAGCUAUCUAUGAAGUGUUUUCAGAUCUUUAUUUCAGUAGAUCACUACUUUUUGUUUUCUCCCUUGGAUUAAACACGCCUGCUUCUAAAUUAUAAAUAGCCUAAAU